GCUUGCCGCGCAGUGAUGAUGGCGGUGCGUGAACGCGCAACAAAAGUAAUGGCUGCUCUGGAUCGGCGGGUGCCUAGCCUCGAUGAUUUCGUGGGUCAGAGCUGGACGGCCUGGGCGGACUGGGCCGGCGCGGCCGCGGCGGACGGCCCUGACGGGGACGACUGCAGCAAGAAUGGCAAGAAGGCUGCAGAAGCCAUGUCUCUCAGUAAAGAGGACAUGUCCAUCUUCGGCCUGUACCCGGGUCACGAUGACUUCUUCCUGGUGGUCUGCAGCCACUGCGGUCAGGUGGUGAAGCCGCAGGCGUUCGAGAAGCACUGCGAGCGCAGACAUGGCCCCAUGUCCAAGCUGUACGGCCGCCUGCGCUCGCCGACGCCCGCCCCCCCGCCCCAGAGACACCACCAGGGCCACUCCCCCUCCCAAGGGACCAACGCCGCGUCCGCCUCCUCGUGGGAGGGGCGGGGGCAGGGGCCGGGGCCGCUGCGGGCCGCCCCGGCCUCGCCCUCCACGCCGCCACAGCACAGACACUCCAAGAGCUCCAAGGAUGGAGUACGACAUUCCCCUCUGGAGAAGGCGUCCCACGGCAGCCACGCAGAGCCGUCUGUGUUCAAGCAGCCGCCGCCUCUGGAGCCCCCGACCAUGACCCCUCCUCCCUCGCUCCGAGACCCCCCCUGGCCACACGGGGCCCCUCCCUCGGGCCGGGGUUCCCCCGGGGACCGGCUCCCCCCACAGAAGAAGGAGCCCACCCAGACCUCCGCCGUGGCGGCCCACCGCGCCCCCCGACCCUACAACAAAGUGGCCUCCAAGAGGGAGUGUGACCUGGACAAACACUGCGGCGUCCUCGACCCCGACAGGAAGAAGGUCUGCACUCGCCUCCUGACAUGCAAUAUCCACUCCAUCCACCAGCGCAGGAAGGUGUCGGGCCGCAGCAGGAACUUUGACCAGCUGGUGGCGGAGCUGAAGACCAAGGUCCGGGAGAAGGGCCCGGCGCCGCUGGAGGGCCCGUUCAGCGGGCAGAGCCCCAGCCCCGAGGCCCCCCGGGAGCAGGCCGGGGUCCCGCACUGCCGGAGGCCUCUGGCCAGCCUCCCCGCCUUCAGCCGAUCCACGGCCGCCUCGGAGUGCUCGCCGGAGGAGGAGAAGCAGCGGCCGGACGAGGCGGGGCCCCGAGCCCCCUCGCCGCUCGUCACCGGACACAUCUCCAGCGACGAGAGCGAGGCGGAAGCAGCCGACGAGCUCUCGGAGCUCCCGUCUUCAACGACACAUCCAAGACCUGCAGCGGUCUGUUCGUUCGGCAGCCACUGGUUGGGUCACGGCUUCUUCACGUUUGACCGGCGGCUGCACCACCUGAGGUCGGCGCUCAGCAGCAUGCUGGAGCAGCACAUCAGCGCACAUCUUUGGAAGAAAAUUCCACAAGCGACGGACGUGCAGCCCCCGGCCCCCCCGACCAAGCCCGUCACCUCCCCGUCUCCUGCCUCCAUCGCCGCAGGAUCCUCGUCUUCGCUGCAUUUCAAGGUCCGGACAGGAAGCCACAUCAGCUCGUCCCUGAAGAACACGCUGUCGUCGUCGUCCUCUUCCAGCCGGGGUCCGGGCAGACCGGCCGCAGCCAUCCACGUGGAGAACUCCGGGGGGGGCGGCGGCGGCUUCUCCCUCGGCCACAUCACGUCUCUGGGAAAGCCGGGCGGGGCGUGUCCGGCGGGCUCGGGCCGGCUCAAGAACCCGGUGGGCAGGCCCAGCAAGCAGAUGCUAAAGAUGCGAGAGGAGACGGCUGCCGCCGCCGUCCUGCGCAAGCGCAAAGCCCCCUCCCAGGAGGGGGAGCACUCGGGCCCCGACAGGAACUGCAUCGUCCUUCAGGACCGGGGCCGCCCCCCCUCCACCGCCGCCUCCUCCUCCUCUUCAUCCUCUUCCAAAGCCCCCACUCACUCGCUUCUUCCACAUGGACAGACCAACGGCUCGCUCUCCCUGAGCAGCAAGCCCCGCCCCCCGCCCCCGCCCUCGGAGGCCCACUCUCCGGCCGCCAAGGCGGUCUGGACGUACAGACGGACACUCCCCCCUCAGGUCCACUCCCCGCCCCCAGACUCCUCCUCCACCACCAACUCCCACAGCCGGGCGGGUGUGGGGGACUCAGGGCCGCACGGGCAGGGCGGCGGGCGCUUCGAGCACCAGGGACUGUUGAAGAAACGCAAAGGGGGGGUGAUGGAGGAACACUCGCCCUCCUCCAAACCCCCACUGCCACGCCUGCCUUCCUCCUCCUCCUCUUCCAGCUCCGCUCCUCCCUCGUCUUCCCCGCGCUCCAACUUCUACCCCUGGAAGGACAGUAAGAGCGGGGUGCUGGCGGGGGGCGUGGAAAAGAAACUGGGCACACAGAAGGUAGGUUUGAAGAAGGACCCGUCACCGAGCACAGUGACGGUUAAUGUUCCCAUUUCUACCAGCGGCUGAGGUGCCACCCGCGUCAGACUGUCGGCUGCUCGAUUAUUGCCAAAACUGCACCACUGAGGGUGUCGGCCUUAAAGAAGCCACUGAGGGACCGGCUCUGCCCAGAGGACCAGGACUGUGUGUGUGUGUGUGUGUGUGUGUGUGUGUGUGUGUGUGUGUGUGUGUGUGUGUGUGUGUGUGUGUGUGUGUGUGUGUGUGUGUGUGUGUGUGUGUGUGUGUGUGUGUGUGUGUGUGUGUGUGUGUGUGUGUGUGUGUGUGUGUGUGUGUGUGUGUGUGUGUGUGUGGGUCCAGUUGAAUGUCUGAAGGAGGAGUGGGUGGUGAGAUUCAGAGGAUGGAUUUAGAAAUACCUCAAGACCAUCUGGUUAUGCUGCUAAAUUGAAUAUGUUGGUUUAU